AUGGUCGUGGUGGUCGCUCACUUGCUUGCAGGUGAGACUGCGCCUAGCGUCCACUUGCUAGCACCCAACUCUCACCUCUGGCUCCAGGUAGCUGGGCUCUGCUCAGCGGCCACACCCCGGGCAACCAUCUCGACCGGCGGGCUAAACCAGGCGAGGGGGCCCUGUGCGCUGUGCCGUGUGCACAGGGUUUGCGGAUUCCGCUGGAUGGAAGGUCGGAUGGAACCUUGCGUCGGCACCGUCGUGACGUGGUUCGUCUCUGCACGCCGCUGACAGCCGGUGACGGGAUGGAUCUCCACAUCGACAUCGCCUUGAUGCGCCCACCUGCGCCGUCGGAGACCGCGGCUUACGGCGAAUUCGAGUCGCUCUCCACUACAACCCGAAGUCGUGGUCCCAUAGUGGAGUUCGGCCGUGCCACAACGGCACAUGGCAGCCCUAUUCAGGGAUGGCACUGCCAGCCCCCACGAGGGGAAGGGCCUAGAAAAGGUGGCCUAAACAUUGCUGGGUACCACGCCGUCUCCAGGCUAGCCAGGGCCGCAGACGUCUAAUCAUGGUCGAAACAAUCAAAAUCGAAACAUCAACAAUACCAAUAACAACCACAACCAUACUCAUUCUCCUCAUCCUACCUUUUCUUCCUCUACCUCUGCCUAUUCUUCUGCCUAUUCUUCUCCUUCGUCACCUUCUUGUCCAUCUCCUUCCCGCCGCCCCACUCGUUGUCACCAGACUGGCAGGGUGAGCCCGCUCACUCUGGCAGCCUGGAGUGUUCGUUCCCUUUUAGACAAUCCGAGGAGCAACCGACCGGAGCGGAGGACGGCGCUAGUGGCACGAGAACUGGCGCGCUACAAGGUGGACAUCGCCGCACUCAGCGAGACCCGAUUCUCCGAACAAGGCCAACUGGAGGAGGUGGGUGCCGGCUACACCUUCUUCUGGAGCGGUCGACCCAGGGCAGAGCGACGGGACGCGGGUGUCGCCUUCGCCAUUCGGAACGAAAUCGUGGGACGACUGCCCUGUUUGCCGCAGGGCAUCAACGAUCGCCUGAUGAGCCUCCGCCUGCCUCUAUGGGAGGCAAAUUCGCCACCAUCAUGA